CUAAUUAUCUGGGCAGAUCUGCUGCUUGAUGCUGCUCUACAUCUAGCAGCUAUACCUGGGUGAUAAUGUCAUUUCGGUGUAAAACGUACGAGUUUGGGCAAACCCGUCUCUCUGGUUAGUUGCUUAACCGCUUAGACCCAUUAGUUCCUGCAGUGGGUAAGCAGCAAUAUGGAAAUGAAUUCCUCGAACCCAGAAAAAUUCUUUGUUGAUCUCAAGCUUCUUCCCCCCAUAAAUCCACACGCCUCUCCCACUUCCCACUCCCAGGUUAAUUCAAGGAAACCCAAAACCAGGGCAUUAGGAAAAGUAGUAAAGCCAAGCGCCAAACAGGGUCUAAAGCUGGUUGAAUAUGAUGGGCGACCCACAAAAGCCAAUCAAGCUUACAACAUUCAAGCACAGAACUUGAUGGUUGAAGAAGAUGCUUUUCUUUGUCCCAGAGAGUGCAGAGAAUUCACCUCCAAUGGAGUGAUGGGGGGCAGGGGAAACAUAGCCUUUCAGAAUGAAUCUACAGAUGGCGCUUCAAAGAAGGGAUUGGCGAAAUCAAAUCUGUUCGAGAUCUGCGCUGCAAACUAUUGGAAGCCCCCUUUAUUUGAAUGCUGCAAAGAGGAAGGGCCAAGCCAUGCAAAAAUGUUCACCUUCAAGGUUAUUGUCGUGAUGGAGGAAGCCUCAACCACGGUUUUGGUGUGCUUUGGUGCUCCCCAAUUGAAAAAGAAAACAGCAGCAGAGCAAGCAGCUGAAGGGGCCUUAUGGUACUUGAAACAUAUUGGUUAUUCUCCAAAGGACGCCUAAAACAUUUAGCAUGCAGCUGAAGGGGCCAUAUGGUACUUGAAACAUGAUGUUUGCUUGUUCCAACUCCUUACAGGAGAUUAAUUUACGGUUUUCGAUUGUAUAUCUUGCAACGACAUAGAAAGUAAUUUACGGUUUUCGAUUGUGUGUGUGUGAAGUCAGGAUUUAUAGAAAAUCUUU